CGUCAACAUUUGAACGGCCCCCGGGCCUCCUCCUCCCUCACCCUUCCAGCUUCCAGUCUCUGCCCCCUCCCUCCCUCCUUCCGAUCAUCCGUCUCGCCAUGUCGGUCCUCCUAGAGACAUCUCUUGGCGAGAUCGUCAUCGACCUCGAGGUAGACCGCUGCCCGCGCACAUGCGACAACUUUCUCAAACUCUGCAAGCUCAAGUACUACAACCUCAACGCCUUCUUCAACGUCUCCAAAGACUUCAUCGCGCAGACCGGCGACCCCACAGCGACAGGGACCGGUGGCGAGUGUGUUGACGCUUUCCUCUUCUCAAAGAAUCCAGUCGGCCCCCAGCCCGCCCGCUACUUUGCCCCCGAGAUCACAACCAAGCUCAAGCAUAAGAGCAAGGGCACCGUGUCGAUGGCUGUCGCGCCAACCGACCCGCCAGGAUGCGGGUCGCAGUUCUUCAUCACGCUCGGAGACAACAUUGACUACCUUGACGGCAAGCACGCCGUGUUUGGCCAUGUGGUGGAGGGGCUCGAAACGCUCGACAAGAUCAACGACGCGUAUCUGGACAAGGAAGGUCGCCCGCUCCAAGAUAUCCGCAUCCGCCACGUUGAGAUUCUUGAAGACCCGUUCGAAGAUCCGCCCAACAUGAUCCCUAUACCCGACUCACCCCUCCGUCCUCCUGACGGCAUGGUGCGCAUAGCGGACGACGAGGACGCUUUCGCGCAGCUAGACGAAGAAGCCGCGGCCGAGCGCGCGCGCGCAACAGCCGCCUCCUCCUCGGCAUUGACGCUCGAGAUGAUCGGCGAUCUGCCCUUCGCGGCCGUGCGUCCGCCCGAGAACAUCUUGUUCGUGUGCAAGCUCAACCCCGUGACGCAAGACGAGGACCUGGAGCUCAUCUUCUCGCGCUUCGGCAAGAUCCUGAGCUGCGAGAUUGUGCGCGACAAGAAGACGGGCGACAGCCUGCAGUACGCGUUCAUCGAGUACGACCAGCAGGACAGCGCGGAACAAGCCUACUUCAAGAUGCAGAAUGUGCUGGUCGACGACCGCCGCAUCUGGGUCGACUUUAGCCAGAGCGUGGCCAAGAUGAAGGGCGUGUAUCGGCCAGGUAUGGCGCCUGAUGGCGGGAGGGGAGGGCGAGGAGGAAGGGGCGGGCGGGGAGGACGGGGUGGGUUUGGGGGACGGGGCGACUUUGAGCGUACCCGUGACUCGGGGUAUGGCUCCAAGGGCUACGAUGUGGUGGUGGAGCCCACGCGCCCGCGCAGUACGAGUCCCCGACGCGAUCGUGUGCGUGAUGACAGGCGAGGGCGCGACGACCGUGACCGCCGAGCCCGCGCCGACGACCGCGACGACCGCCGCGAUCGCGACCGCCGAGAUGACCGGAGUCGCAGAGAUCGCGAUGACCGGCGGGAUCACGACGACCGUCGUGACCGCGAUCGUGACCGCUAUCGUGAUGACCGAGACCGCCGCGAUGACCGCGACCGGAGGGAUCGCGACCGCGACUACGACAGGAGAGACCGUGACCGAGACCACGAUCACCGCCGCUGAGACUAUCCUAGGAUAUACAUAUGCAUAGUCUGGCCCUGU